AUGAAGGGCUUACGACUAAACCGAAGCAAGUGUAAUUUCCUUAGUACUACAUUGUCAUUUUUCGGACAGGUCUUUUCGAAAGAAGGUACUCAUCCUGAUCCUAGGAGAGUAGCUGAUCUAUUAAAUGCACCUCAGCCAAAUAAUGCACAUGAAGUCAGGAGCUUUCUGGGCAUGGCCAACUAUAGUAGUAAGUACAUUCGAGAUUUUGCAACACUAACUGCUCCCCUUCGUGACCUGACGAAAAAGGAUGUUCGUUUUGAGUGGACUCAAACACACCAAACUGCUUUUGAAAAGCUGAAAAACACGCUUGCAAUUGCUCCAUGUAUGUCAUAUUUCGACAAAAACAAACAAACUUUUGUGACAGUUGAUGCUAGUCCUGUAGGAAUUUCUGGGAUUCUUUCUCAGAAACCAAGAAACGGUGACGUAGACAGUCAACAGAUAAUUGCAUAUGCCAGCCGAGCGCUGACUGAUACAGAAAAGAGAUACUCCCAGACGGAAAAGGAAGCGUUAGCGAUAGUAUGGGCAGUUGAACAUUUCCAUUUAUUUUUAUUUGGAAGUGAAUUUACACUUAUAACUGACCAUAAACCUUUAGAAAUUAUUUAUGGCCAACGUACAGCCAAAACAUCUGCACGAAUUGAAAGAUGGGUGCUUCGACUCCAACCAUAUACAUUUAAGAUAAUCUAUAAAUCAGGUGCCAGCAACCCUGCGGACUAUCUUUCCCGUCAUCCAACAAACGAAAGCAAACGAAAACAGGAGAAGAUGACGGAACAAUAUAUUAAUUUUAUAACUCAAAACAGUGUCGCUAAGGCGAUGACAUUACAAGAAAUAAUCAAUGCAACUAACGCAGACGCAGCACUAACGGCACUCCAUGAUGCAAUUAAAACAAACAAAUGGGAUUCCCCAAUUGUAAAACCGUUCAAAGCCGUAAAAAACGAACUUACGUCUACCACACACGGUGUUAUACUUCGAGGAACACGGAUUGUCAUUCCUGCGGCUCUACAACAACGUGAUAUUGCACAUGAGACACACUUAGGAAUAGAGAAAACGAAGUCUCUAAUUCGUGAAAAAAUCUGGUUUCCGCAAAUUGACAACCAAGUAAAAAACACAAUUGCUAAGUGCACCACUUGUCAAGCUGUCGGACAGGCGAAUCCUCCAGAACCAUUACGUAUGACCGAAAUGCCAGAGUUACCAUGGAGAACUGUCCACAUAGAUUUUUAUGGUCCAAUACCAUCGUCUGAAUAUCUGUUAGUGGCGGUAGAUAGAUACUCCAGAUUCCCAGAGGUUGAGAUCGUUCAUUCAACACGAGCCUCAACAGUCAUUCCAAAACUUGACAAAAUGUUCUCAGUUCAUGGCAUUCCUGACACCAUUAUAUCUGACAAUGGUCCCCCUUUUAAUGGAGACGACUAUGCACGAUAUCUGAAAGCCCUUGGUAUUCAAGCUAAGUUUUCAACACCCUAUUGGCCCCAACGUAACGCUACAGUUGAACGAUUUAUGCGACCGUUAGGAAAAGCGCUCAAGACAGCGGACACUCGAAGGACGACCAUGGAAACAAGAAUUGAACCGUUUUCUUUUACAAUAUC